AUGGCCCAGGGGGGCCAGCAGAUGGCAGAUGGAGACCAUAAUCUCAACUGCAGGGACCAGAACCCAGAAGACCAGAAUCCAGAGGAGCAGUUUUUCUAUGAGUUCGUUUUUAAGCUCUUCAAGGAAAAUAAGGUGGAGAUUGCAAAAGCAAUAACGAAGCCAUUUCCUUUUCUUAUGGGCCUCCGAGACCGUGGUUUUAUCCCUGAAUCAAAGUAUAAUCAUUUUCUAGAAGCUUGUAUAAAUCUGGUCCCCAUGGAGAGAGUGGCAUAUAAUGUCCUCAAUGAACUGGAGAAGAAAUUUGACCUGACAGUUCUGAAAGCCUUAUUCAGCACAGUUAACCUGAAGUCUUAUACUGAUUUACCUGAGAUUUACAGAAGCUUCCAAAAUGAGCUUCAUGGUCAAUUCUAUUACCAAGCUAUUGAUGAUGAAGAAACAACAGAGAUGCUCAACUGCCAACCAAACUGUGAACAAGGUCAAGCCCUACCUGGAGCUAGAAUCUCAGAGUAUCUCAGUGAUGGACAGCAAAUGAGUAUAAAGCAAGAAGAUUCAUCUCAUGACCUAAGUAGAUCAAUACAAACACAGGAAAUGACAAAUGAAUCCUCCCAAAGAUCUCAACAAAUAGAUGCCAGUGGGAUUUCAAUCCUUUCUGAAGAGAAUAACAAGGCCUGUUGUGUAGCCUGUGAUGGAGAGGAGCCCCAGGAAACUUUGAGCUCCCCACAGAGACAUGAACCAGUUUCCUGUGAGCAUGAAGCUCUCCAAAGGACUAGUGGAGGUGAUUCUGAAGCGAUGCCAAAACUGCUUCCAGUUCACGGGAGAGUGCCCUUGGAACUUAUUGAUCUACAAAUGAAUGAAGGAGGAGAAAUAGAAGCAAUGCCCAAGCUACUGCCUUAUGAUGGAGAUGUGACCUGUGAUCUCAAAGCUUCAGAAAUGACUAAUGAAGGAGAAGUUCAGAAGGUGCUCAGCUUACAGCCUGCUGAGGGAGAAGAGGACAGCAAUGCCUCUUGGGAGCCCUGUGAUGGAGAAGAGCUUGAGGAAGACUUGCGCUCCUCACCCAGAUAUGUGCCAGGGAAGAAAGGGGGCAUUGCCAGCCCUUGGCUGCAGAUGUCAGGAGGCUGA